UCUAUUUAUUAUUAUUUGGGGUUGAUUUAAACCAAAGAGGGGUUAGGGUUUUUGUGUAGAAAAUCACAAUUACAGAGAGAGUUGAAUUUGUGAAGAAGAAAUCAUGGGUGCCGAAGAUGAAUCAAUCGAGCAAGCUGUGACUUCACGUCGAGAAAGGCUUCUAGCUCUAAGAGCCGCUCAAGAAUUAUCCAAUGCUUCCGAAUCCGAAGAAUCCAACGAUAAUAAUCAAGAACAACCACAACUACCACUACCUACCGUUGCUGAAGAACAAGACAGUGGAGAGGAAAAACUGAGCAUGAAGUUCCGUAAUUAUGUUCCUCAUGAUAAACAUCUUCAGGAAGGGAAACUUGCGCCGGCGGUGCUUCCCAAGUUUGAAGAUCCUGUUUCUGUUCCUGAACCUGAGCCUCAACCAACGGAGGAUCCAUUUCUCAAUAUUGCUCCCAAGAAACCCAAUUGGGAUCUGCGCAGAGACGUCCAGAAGAAGCUUGAUAAGCUCGAAAAAAGAACUCAGAAGGCUCUCUAUCAACUCAUGGUGGAACAAGAGAAGCAGAAUCAGUUGGCCGAAGGAGAUGACGAUGCAAAUGGCGUCAAAGAUUAGUUUCUAAUUUGUUGCAGCAGUUAAGAUGUAUAUCAAAGCAAUAUUUCAAAAAUCCUUAUCCCAUUUAGGCUGCGUGACACAUAAAAUUGGAAUCAGAUACUCGUGUUCUUGCAAGUUUGCAGCGAAUGGCAAAUCCUGUAUCAUUCACGUCUCUUUUUUUUGCCAAGCAUGGAUGUGUUAGAUCUGUUUUAGAGGUCAAACAUUCAGGUAUCCCUAAAGCAAAAGAAGUAUUAAAAUUUUAUCAUAUGUAACACUGUUCAAGUUUCAAGUAUCGGAUAUGUAAAAAUUUUACUUAUUUGUUUUGAAGUCUUGCAAAGUGCUUCAACUAAGAAACGUAUACUUAAGCUCAAUUAAGGGGUUAGUAUCAUUCUACCCCGAAUGAAUUCAAGGGGUAAGGUCUAGUCUUGGUAUUUUUUAGUCAAUCUUCUUUUGAUGAUUAUUUAUUUGAGCAUCAA